AUGAUGCAUGCAGUUAGUAAAACUUCUGGUAAGGUUGUAAAUGUGGCUGUAAUAGGAGCCCCUAACUCUGGAAAAAGUACUUUAAUUAAUAGAAUUAUUGAACGAAAGAUUUGUGCUGCCUCCAAUAAAGUUCAUACAACAACAAAACUUGCUCGAGCUAUUUGUUAUGAGAAUGAUACCCAAAUAAUAUUUUUGGAUACACCAGGAAUAGUGACAGACAAGGAGCAAAAAAAGUACAAAUUACCAGAAGCAAUGGUGGGUGCCUGCCAAAAAAGUUUAAGGUGUGCUGAUGUUAUAGGUGUGGUCCAUGACGUAUCAAAUAGAUGGAUUAAAGAUAGUAUUCAUGCUGAUCUUAUUAAUAUCCUGAAUAUGGUCAGGGAUAUACCGAGUUUUUUAAUAUUAAACAAAGUAGAUAAAUUAAAAUCAAAAAGACAGCUGUUGUCCAUUAUUAGAAAUUUGACAAAUGGAGUAAUUGCAGGAAAACCUUUACCUAAUUCUGAGAGAGAUUCAGCUAGAAAUAAAUUAGUAAGGGGAUACAGUAAUUUUUCUGAUGUGUUUUUAGUAUCUGCCUUAACAGGAGAUGGAGUUAAUGAUAUUAAGAAAUACCUGAUUUCCAAUGCAAAAGUUGCAACCCUACAUUACACUCCUGAUCAAUGGACAGAUCAAACUCCAGAGACAUUAAUUGAAGAUGCAGUCAGAGCAAAAUUUUUGGAUUUCCUUGCACAAGAAAUCCCAUACAGUUUAAAAAUAUACCUAGAAUAUUAUGAUGAAUUGCAAGAGGAAGGAAAAGUGAUUUGUUCUGUAGGUGUCGAAUGCCCUUCUGAAAGGAUCGCAAGACUUAUAAGUGGGGCUGGAGGGGGAAGAUUACAACAAAUAAAAUCUUACGUGAGAAGCGAUUUAAUGGAUGUAUUUAAGAAGUCUGUUGUUAUUGAUAUUCAAUUAAGGGUAAAAAACAAACCUUUAGAGGAGAUGGAGAUAAAUUAG